CGCCGACUUCCAACCCUAGUAAGCCAGGGCGGGGCUAAAGUAUACCGCCCUCCAGACGCCGGGUAGCUUGGGGACGACUGUACUGCUCUUUAGCGCGCACGUUGCUGUGAGUCUCAAUUCUCCGGACAUCUCUCAGUUUCGUCGCAGCCCUUCUGGAAGCCCCUGACUGUACUCCCGAAGCCCUUAAUCGCUAGCCAAUUCCCCUCGUUAUGCGCCGUGUGAGCUGUCUUGGACUCGACCGCAACUGACAGAGGGACCGCUUUGCAGGCCCGCGCACAAUGUCGACAGGACUGAGCAGGCAGCGCUCCGCUUCGAGAGGCUCCUCAGUCCGCUCCGACGUCAAUCUGAAGCCUCCGACUCCGAGCAUUACUCCGGGGAGCGACGAAUUCGCCUUCGAGCCGUGCGCUGCCACCGCUUCGUUUCUGCUGUACGCCCAGCGCAACGUAAUCCUCUGCCUCCACCACGACACGCUCGCUGUGGAGAGGAGAUUCACGAGACAUCGCGAGGACGUAUCCUGGAUUUCGGCCGACACCGUCAGCGAGAGGGGCGCCGGGCGGCUGGUUGUGAGCUACGAUGCGGGGAGCACGGCAAUUGUGUGGGAUCUGCUCACGGGCGACGAGGUUGCCCGGUUCGCAUCCUACGAUCAGAUCCGGGUUGCGUCGUGGAUGAGGAAUGGGAAUGUUGCGUUUGGUGGGUGCACAUUCCAAGAUUGCCGACGGGGGCCUGCCGUGUCUAACACGCCGACAGGUAACGCGCAGGGCAACAUCAUUCUCUUCGAGCCUGCCACCUCCGAACACAUCUCCGCGAGGACCAUCUUCGACCCCAUCACGGCACUGGCUCCGGCGGCGGAUUGCAGGACCUUUGCAAUUGGAUAUCUCAACGGCUCCAUUCUGAUUGCGACUCUCCAGCCGUCCUUUACUAUUCUGCACACGCUCACGACACCCAGGGCCCCUUCCCCUAUUGCGGGGCUGGCCUGGCACGGGUCCUCGUCGAAGCAGAAGUCUGAGAUGCUAGCCGCCCAGACGUCCGAUGGGGACCUUAGAGUAUGGAGUAUACCCAAAAUCCCCCACGGUGGCGACUCACCCUGCGUGAUACGCAUCCUCAACAAAUCGGAGCAAAGAGAACCCGGCCCCUGCUGGUUCGCUUGGUCGAAGAACGGGCGGAUCGUCCAAUACACCGAAGGUCAAACUUGCGCAUGGGAUGUGCGCACCAAAAGGGUAUCGUAUGAGAGUGUGCCCACCACGGACAAUGUCGCCGCCAUCUGCAACUACGGCCCCACCGCCACUCUCUUCACCAUGACCCGCAACUAUGGCGUCCAGCAAUACGAUCUGAACCCUAGCGGCGCCCCGACGCUGGUUGCUAACAUACUACAUCCUCCUACUAACACGCCUCCGUCCCCUCCUCACUCUCUGGACGAGAAGAAGAAGAAGAAGGGAGACACUCCACUUACUGCGCAACCCGCAAGAUCAGGUGGGCAAGUGGUAGUCGGAUCCGAAAGCAGUGAAGGGGAGGGUGUCUCCGUCCUCUCUCCGCUGCAGAAAAUUGCGCAAGAGAUGGACCAGCUCGAAGAUGAACGCAGGGAUCGCGUCGGCCCCCUGAGUCCAGUCUCAAGCCGAGGCUCUGCAAGCUCACGGUCGUCCGGGAGUGGAAGGGCACCACGCUAUCGCUAUGAUAAGCCGUCACUAACCCGGUCAUCCAAGAGCUCAGGAGGUAGCGGUACUGUAUUCUCCUCCGGCACCUCUUCAUUCCUUGGCAACACCCGCGAGAGUAUCUCCAUUCGCUCCACCUCCUCAACGAGCUCCUCUCGCUUUGGCUCAGCUCUGCGUAAGGAAGUACUCCGAAGUCCAGAUGAGUCGGAUCGCACAAAGAACAUGGACCUAUUCCCGUUCACCAAGGCCAGGCUCAGCGAUGUUCCAUACCGAAACCCACAGCUCGGCUCCGAGCGAAGUCCAGACGAUCUUAGGCAGAACAUGCUUCGCGUCGUAUUUGGAUGGGAGAAUGACAUUGAAGAACUGGUUCGUGAUGAGUUGGCGCGCCACCCUCCAGGGUCCGCGGCAGCAGUUCUCCUUUCGAAGUGGCUCGGUGAAGUGGGUGCCGACCUGAUGGCAUCUCUAGUCGGCUCCGAGUCGAUGACUUCCUCCGACUGGAUGUUGCUCGCCUUAACCAACUUAGGCUCAGGGACGUCACAGAAGAAGGUGGGUGAAACCUUCGUCCAGCGCCUUCUCGAAAAGGGCGACGUUCAUCCUGCUGCUGCAAUCCUCCUCGGACUUGGAGAGCACAAUGACGCCAUUGAGGUUUAUGUCUCGCGCAAGUAUUACAUGGAGGCCAUCUUGCUCACAUGCCUAAUGUUCCCGACCGACUGGCAGAGGCAGUCUUUCCUUGUCAGGAAGUGGGGCGAGGCCGCCGUCUCCCAUGGCAAAGCUGAGCUCGCUGUCAAGUGCUUCUCCUGCAUGGGUCUCGAAUCAUCAGAGCCCUGGUUCUCCCCGCGGGCUCAGGAUGCCGUCUUUUCCGCGCAAAAGCAGCACCUGCUUGGUUCACAGGUCAGCCCUCCAGUAUCCCCACCAGGUGGUCAGAGCAGGAUCACGGCCAAAAUGUCCUCUCUCAAGCUCGUCACCGACUUUGGUGCCGGACCUAGACCUCAACAGAUGAUUCCCGAAGAGGACGAGCAGACUCCAAUGAAUGUCGGCGUAACCCCCAUCGCAGAGUCUGCAAUCAGCCCCGCCGUCGGCAAGAGCCCGUGGCUCUCGGCCGGUGUGAGAUCUGCCCGGGAUGGUUCCCGAGAGCCAUCUUCGGCGCGAACAGCGACACCAGGAUCAUACAAACGCAGACGUAUGCCGUCACGGUCGGAUGGUGAACGCUCUACAACGAACAAUGAGAAUCUCGCUUCUCUGGCAGUGCCUGAUCGUGGUCAACGUGGCGAGCCGGUUCCGAAAACCGCAGUCGACAACGUUGGUCGCGAGGCGGAGACUCUUCCCUUCUCUACGCGUCGAGCAACGUCCGCCGGCGGCCAGAAAGACAUCAUUCUCACUGCCGCUACUUAUGAUCCCAAUAAAUCCGCAGAGCAUCUACCCUCUCCCGCUGCAGGCGUUUUCGAUUCGCUCUUGGAGAAGGAGGCGGAGUCACGCAACAGCUCUCGCAGCCGCAACCGACAGGAGCUCCAGCUUCAGGUAAAUGAGGCCGUCAUUGAGCAAGGCCCAGACACUGGAUUUAGCAGCAACCUCAGCCCACCGUUGACUGGGGCCAGCGUCAAGAGCGCCAAGGCUCGCAGCAUUGAUCAGUACAUCAGCAGCCUUGAGGAAGCCAACUACUAUGCCCGCAAGCGCGCCGACUCCAGGAACGAACCCAGGCCAGGCUCGCGAACUGAGCCCCGUCCAGAUAACAAAUCGACAAGGACGCGCAGCCGCACUCGUGAUCCAUCUGCAGAGUCUCGUGGGCGCUCAGGUGCUCGCUACAUCCGUCCGGCCAAACGCUCCCCAUCGUCCCCCGUCCCGAUGUCUCCUGAAGAUGCCGGAAUCUAUCCGCGGACGAGCAAGGAAGCGGCCACUAACACGGAGCACUUUGACGACGAAAGAUACUACAAGGUCGGCGUCGCUUCCCCAGUCGCGACAGAAUCAGUAGGAAGUAGUCGGACAAAUCGAAGCCGUGCGAAGGCCGGUAUGAACAAGCCUAGGUCUUCAUCGAAAACAGCCCGUCGUCCAGAGUCACCAGAGGCUGUCUCACGUGCCCGAAGCAGAGGCGCUAGUCGAGCAUCCAGCCGUCGCCAGGCCGAGGAUCGGGGUCGAAGCACUACACGCGAUGAAAACUCUGCCAGACGCUCUCCCGGAUCCCCAAAGCCAAUGUUCCUUGAGGAGGCUGUCAUUGAAGAGAACUACGAGCCCAUCCGUCCCCGUCAACGAAGCAGCAGCCGCCGAGCCGGUGACCGAGGCACCAGUGCUAGGCGAGAACAAUCCCCUGAUCGCCGACAGCCACGUGACCGCUCCAUUAGCCGCAAGGCUGCAGGUGCGCUGCGGGAGUCGAGUCGCUCGCGCGUCAACUUGCGGGAGGCUUCACCAGAGCGCUUACCGGAGCGGGUUCCAGAGAAUCGACCUGAGUCCCGACAGUCUAAUAUCUCAGGGCGGUCCGGCCAUCUCUCGCGGCCCACUACAUUGUCCAGGAAGGAACUGGCAGCCAAAGAGCUAGAAGAGAGAAGACUAUCUCUGGCUCGACGACCUUCGGCUCCUGUCAUCCCCCAUCCUGGAGAAUUGGCCCAUCGUCCCGUGGCCGAGCGAUCCCACACCGACGGCCUUGAGCUCAUCACCAUGCACCGUGAUCCCGUCCAGCGGAGCCAAACUGCAGACCCGGAGAUCUCAAAGAAGUACUCACCCACGAAUAGGAUACCUGUAGGCGCUACCUCGACUAGCUCAGUCCCAAUAGGUCUACCCGCCACUCCUCGAGCCAUGCGUCAUCCUCGGUACAUGAGUGCAGAUCCCAACGAAAGGGAGGGUAUUCCGGCCGUUCCGACGAUACCGGACAAUCUGAUCAUGUUAGAGACGCAACAAGUCGCUCAGGCUGACGGUCCACUGCUACCAGCAACUACCUUCGGUCAAGCCCCUCCGGCUCGCUCCGCCUCAGCUCCCCCAGAAGACGUAUCGCCAGUGAAUAUCGCUCCACGGAUUUCGCCCACCUUGCCUCAGCCAACAAGGCGUGGGUCUCUCGGCGGCAAUCGAGGCCACUUGAGGAUGAAUACCUCUCCGGAUCUUUCGGUGGGACCAGACCACAAGCGAGUCAGCCCUCCUCCCAUCACAGCUAGCAUCGAUGAAACCAUUCACGAGAACCAAGUUGUCAUCCUCGAGCAAGACCCUAACGCUCCUACACUUGUCGCCGAGCUCCAGCAUUUGGCUACCCCGCCGCCUCCUCCUCCUGCCCCGGCUUCCUCAAACCCAAACAGCCCCAAAAGUAGUGUUGGCCUCAUCAACAUCGCCAUUGAAGAGAAGCCUCAAGAUGCCGCGUCACCCGUUGCUGGCCCUUCGGCAACAAGCUCACCCAUCAACACCCAUCGCCGUGGCCGCGGUAGUGUGAGUGAGAAUAUUGGCAUGACAUUCAAGAGAGUCACAGAGCGAAUGCGCAGCACCAGUCGCUCACGGAACAAGUCUCCUCCUGUCCAGGCUGGACCAUCACCUUAUGAGAGUGUGCCGGAAUUCACAUUCCCGCGAAGCGCGAGUGCCAGAUCCCCGGUUGACAAUCGAGGCACCGAAUAUUUGGGCAAACUCUCUCCCCCUCCCCCGCCUCCAACUCAGCCAAUGGAGCAAGCCAUCUCUCCUAUCGAUGAGCUGAGGAACUCCCAAUUCCAGGGCUAUCGUCAUCCGAAAGAGAUCCGAGCCAAUAUGCCGCCACAACAAUUGCAGCCAGGCGUGUACCAUGAGACUCCCAUGAUCUAGGCCACUGGUUCGACCUUCCGUUCAUUAUUGCGCACAUUUCCCUCCACGGCCCCUAAAUCACUUCAUUACGUAUACUCACCGAGACGACCUUAACGACCAUUCGAUCAUACCUU